AUGAACGACAACAAACCUAGUACUUCUCCUGCUACCACUUCCCGUGAAACACCCCAUGAUCAACAUCAGCGUCGGCGUCCUGGCAAUCCAAACUGGACCUUCUACCAAGAUCCCCGCCAGCGAGGUGAAGAUGAUGCCUUCUGUUUUGAUCCUCCCAGACCUCAAUCGUGUUGCCACGAGUCUUCCAGACAUCGUUCCAAUCGCCAUAACCCUUCCUCAAAUCCAAGUGACAACAUCUUCCGCCAUUUUAAUACAUUUCCAAGAGCAGACAAAGGACAACACGUUGCCGCCGACCAAACAUGCCACGAAUCUACAGACCUACCGUUAGUGUCGGACUCCCGAUCCCACGUUGCCAUUCUAUCUUCUCCCGCAGCCAAAGCCUUCUUUAAGAAUGCGGAUAUUCCACAACAAUUCAGCAAGGUCAUCAACUGCUUUUGUGCUGCAAUGAAUCCAGAUGAAUUGAGAUCAGAUAUGUCAGGUGAUGAAAAGACAGCAAGGUACCCAAUAAUCUGGGAUUCAGGUGCAACAACCUCAAUCUCACCUUACAAGGACGACUUUGUGGGAAAACUUGAGCCAGCACCUCUUGGACUCAAGCUUUGUGGAAUCGCUAGCCGCCUGAAAAUUGAAGGGAUUGGACAUGUUGCAUGGUCAGUGGUUGACACAACUGGCAUGUUACGAACAAUCAAGGUGCCUGCCCUAUACGUACCUUCUGCCACAGCUCGAUUGCUCAGUACUUCAAGUUUGCUCCAGACAUACACCGAUGAGUCCAUCUCAAUGAACGCUGAUCAUCUACAGUUGUCAGGAUCAGACAAAACAAAUCCAGUACAUGUUGACCACGACCCUUCAACAAACUUGCCAACAUCGCUUGCCUACUCCCAUGGAACCACUCCUAACCGAUUUGAUGCAUUCGCCAGCAUCAUCACGUCCACCUUGGAGUCAAACCACAACCUCAGUCCUGCAGAGAAAGAACUCCUAAGAUGGCACCAUCGGCUCGGCCAUCUCAACUUCAGUCAGAUCCAAUUUCUCCGCCGCACAGGUGUAUUGGCACAUUCAGAGUCCGCUCCACGAUUGCAAGCCGCAGCAUCUCGGAUCACAACAUACCAACUUUGCCCAGCUUGCCAAUUUGGAAAACAACGUCGUCGACCUUCUCCCGGAAAGACUUCUCAAGUCGUUCGUGAUUGA